AAAGGGGGCGGUGCGGUAAGAUGGCGGCACACCUGUCCUACGGGCGAGUGAACCUCAAUGUGCUGCGUGAGGCAGUGCGCCGCGAGUUGCGCGAGUUCCUGGACAAGUGCGCGGGAAGCAAGGCAAUAGUUUGGGAUGAAUAUCUGACUGGACCUUUUGGCCUGAUUGCCCAGUACUCCCUGCUGAAGGAACAUGAAGUGGAAAAAAUGUUCACCCUCAAGGGAAGCCGCCUGCCGGCAGCUGAUGUGAAGAACAUUAUUUUCUUUGUCAGACCGCGGCUCGAGCUGAUGGACAUAAUUGCUGACAACGUGCUCAGUGAGGACCGGCGUGGCCCUGCCAGAGACUUCCACAUCCUGUUUGUGCCCCGCCGUAGCCUGCUGUGCGAGCAGCGGCUGAAGGACCUGGGCGUCCUAGGCUCCUUUAUCCACCGGGAGGAGUACAGCCUGGAUCUCAUCCCGUUCGACGGGGACCUCCUGUCCAUGGAGUCGGAGGGGGCCUUCAGAGAGUGCUACCUGGACGGCGACCAGACAAGCCUGUACCACGCGGCCAAGGGGCUGAUGACGCUGCAGGCCCUGUACGGAACCAUCCCCCAGAUCUUCGGGAAAGGCGAAUGCGCACGGCAAGUGGCCAACAUGAUGAUUCGAAUGAAGAGAGAAUUCACAGGAAGCCAGAAUUCAGUGUUUCCUGUUUUUGAUAACCUCCUGUUGCUGGAUCGUAAUGUGGACUUGCUGACGCCUCUUGCCACUCAGCUGACGUACGAAGGCCUCAUUGAUGAGCUCUACGGCAUUCAGAACAGUUAUGUGAAGUUGCCCCCUGAGAAAUUUGCUCCCAAGAAACAGGGCGACGGGAAGGAGCUGCCCGCCGAAGCGAAGAAGCUGCAGCUGAACUCGGCCGAGGAGCUCUACGCGGAGAUCCGGGACAAGAACUUCAACGCCGUGGGCUCUGUGCUCAGCAAGAAGGCCAAGAUCAUCUCCGCGGCGUUCGAGGAGCGACACAACGCCAAGACCGUGGGGGAAAUCAAGCAGUUUGUUUCCCAGCUGCCACACAUGCAGGCAGCCAGAGGCUCCCUGGCCAACCACACGUCCAUUGCCGAGCUGAUCAAGGACAUCACCACUUCUGAAGAUUUCUUUGAUAAAUUAACAGUGGAACAGGAGUUUAUGUCUGGAAUCGACACCGAUAAGGUGAACAGUUACAUCGAGGACUGUAUUGCCCAGAAGCACCCGCUGAUCAAGGUGUUAAGGCUGAUUUGCCUCCAGUCCGUGUGCAACAGUGGGCUCAAACAGAAAGUUCUGGAUUAUUACAAACGAGAAAUUCUCCAGACCUACGGCUACGAGCACAUGCUGAGCCUGCACAACCUGGAGAAGGCCGGCUUGCUGAAACUGCAGACCGGGGGCAGGAACAACUACCCGACCAUCCGGAAAACCCUGCGCCUCUGGAUGGAUGACGUCAACGAGCAGAACCCCACGGAUAUAUCCUACGUGUACAGCGGCUACGCGCCGCUCAGCGUGCGGCUGGCCCAGCUGCUCUCGCGGCCCGGCUGGCGCAGCAUUGAGGAGGUCCUGCGCAUGCUCCCGGGACCCCACUUCGAGGAACGACAGCCCCUGCCCACAGGACUGCAGAAGAAGCGUCAACCUGGAGAAAACCGAGUGACACUGGUCUUUUUCCUCGGGGGUGUGACCUUUGCUGAGAUCGCGGCCCUGCGGUUCCUCUCGCAGCUGGAGGACGGGGGCACGGAGUAUGUCAUCGCCACCACAAAGCUCGUGAAUGGCAGCAGCUGGCUCGAGGCCCUCAUGGAGAGCCCGUUGUAGGCCGUUGGAGGUGACCUCCCGCAGAAGUGCUUGCUGCGGUGGCGAAGUCGCUCAGGGCUGGGACGCUGACAGGACCCCCGCGGGGCUGGCCUCCCCAAGCACGCAGCCAUCCUGACCUGAUGAAGACAGACCAGGAGGCCUCAGGCUGGAGAAAAGAAAAACUGGUUAUGUGUUUUCCCAGCCUGGCAUGCUCCCUGGCAGCACCUGAAAACUCAGGGUGGAUGGGGUGGUGAGGGACAGCCCCUUGGCCGCACGCUGGGCCAGGGCUCCAGGCAGGACGGCAGAGGGGAACUGCAUGCCCUGGAGCACGAGGCGCGAUUCCAGAGGCUUCUCACUGCAGCAGUGUGUGCAGGGCCAGAGCCCAGGCGGUGGCGAGGCAGCGCUCGCCCCUCGAACCGGCCAGUGUGCCUGCUGUCACAGGCUCUGUCAUGUCACCGAGCAGGAGGGUGGAGCAGUUUGGCUGCUCUCUGUGUAGUUCGGUGUU